AUGGAGACGUCGAGGGACGGCGCGGCGUCGAGCGCACCGCGUCGACUCGGAGCGUUUGAAAGUUUGCGCGAAAGUGCGAGUCGGACGACGACGACGACGACGACGACGAUCGCGACGCUCCGAGCGAUGUCUCGGAGCGAUGCGUCGACGUCGGAGCGACUGGAGGGCGCGCGAGGGCUCGGGAAGGUGUUUUCGAGGUGUCGGUGCGACGCGGAGACGUGGCUGGCGUUGCUCGCGAGCGUCGAGCGGGCGCCGAAGGAAUCGAGCGCGGUGUUGAAGACGGCGUCGCCGAACGCUCGCGUGGGGGAAGGGAUGCGGGAUUGGAUAUUGAGCGUCGGCGACGCGCUCAUGAGAGCGGCGAAGGGGAGCGAAGAGAGAACGCGGGAACUGUUUGGGAUGAUUGAUGAACGUUUGGACGGCGGCGCGGGCGAGCGCGUGGUCGGUCUCACCCUGCUCGAUGCCGCGCUCGGAAGCGAGGCGUGCUCGAUGACGAACGAUGACAUCGUAUUGGCGGUGCAUAAGGCACUGACAUCGGUGAGCACGGCGCCUGUUGAGAAUGGAUUCGCGUGCGCAAGCGUUGGCAUGCGCGCGGUGUGCGCGGCGGCGAGACAUUUGCGCGUUGACGACGUUCGCACGCUUCGAACGGCGUGGCUCGAACCGAGGUUGAACGCACAGGGAUUCACGUGGAGCGAUUCCGACAAUGUUCGUUCGACGCUUUCGCUGAUCGAGUACUUGAAAAUUCCGAGAGACGAGCGUCUUGGCGCGACGACAAUGUCGGCGUUUCUCAUGGCAGAUUUAGAGCUCGUCGGGUAUGUCGACGGUGAGGAGUUUAAGCGGAAAGUCAUUCACGGCGCAGUAGACCUAGAUAGUGCGGACUUUCAAGCCCUCGACGGGAGCGAGCGAUCGGUCGGGAAGACGGUUGCGGCCGCCGUGAUUGCCACGCAGAUGAAUCUGAUGCACGCCCUGUACGUCGCCCCCGGAUUGGAGGUCGGUGCAGAUGACUUGCAAGUGCGCGUGGCGCGAGAGAGCGGGAGAAUUCUGUGCGGUAAGUCGAUCGAACUUCUCAGAAUCGAGCGAGAAAACGCAGCGAAGAGGGCGGAAAACGCGCAAGUGAAGGUUGAGGAGUUGACAGCGGAUGUCAACUCGAGCACGAUUCUCGGAGUGUUGAAUCACGCACUCACAGCUGAGUCGAUGAAGAUCGAGGAGAGCGAGCGCGCCGAAGUCGUUUUAUGGUGCUGCGAUAAACUGAGCGAGACAUUUGUCUCGGCUUCGGACGAUUCCGUGCGAGAUACGAUCUCAUCAGGCUGCGCGAGCGCGCUUCUACGCUUGGCCGAGAGUUCAGAGGAGGUUGCCAUUAGCGAAGCAUGCAUGCGAUGCGUCCUGGCGCUCAUGGAUCUCAUCACAGUCAAGGACACACUCUACGAUUUUGUCGAGGUGAUCGCGCUCAAGACCCCGUCGCUAGAUUUGCUCGGCAUCGAGAACAAGUUAGAGAUGGAUAGACGUGCUGCUUUUGUCGUGGCGGCGUUGAAUUGGACGGUAUCUCGCGUGCGAGCCACGGCGACUAUCAGUCAGGCUGAGAACACGUUAGCACUUUUCAAGCGUCUUUUCGAACUACUUUCCGAUUCUGAACAGGGAACGUGGUUGGAACACUUCACGGAUGUUUACGCCGCUGCUGCGUUGUGGGUUGGUCAAAUUGAAAAAGACGUUUCCGUGGACACGGAUCGUGUGCUCGCGGAUGCUGCCGCGCAGAACUGCGUCGAGUCCUUUGACGAUGCUUCCACGGGGGAACAAUUAAAGAAAAGACCUGAGUGGCUGAAGAAUUUGCAGAUCCGCGCGAGAUGGCUGAAGGAGGCGUUCGCAGUGCUUGACCGUGACAGCACGCUUUGCGCUUGUUUCCUCACAGAUUUGGUAGCGAUAGUUUCGAAGUCCGUCGAAACCUGGACGCAUGGCUCGGUCGAUGCGUUAAAAAAUGCAAACUUUUGGCCAUAUCAGUCGAAAAAUCGAUUCAUCACGCCCCGAAUCGCGCUCGGUCCGGGUGGAGUCUUGGCUGUCUCGGCGACAACGUUUGAGUUGUUUGUGGAACUGCUCGAGCGGUUGCUCGAGUCGCGAGGCUCUCCGAACGAUGACGAAAUCGAGACGUGUAUGAACGAAUACAUCGGCUUGGUUUUCAUGUUGACGCGAACGGUGUCGGCCUCGACCGCGGCUGGGAUCGCCAUAAAGACUCCGGGCGGAACAAGCGCUGGACGAGUCGCGCUUGGCGCCGCGCGAGCGCUCUUCUCGGUGGCCAAGUGUCUUACGCAAGUGAACUUCGCCGUUCGCUCUAGCGACGCCGUGUCGAAAACCUUCGAUCGCGAUCUCAUCGCCCAAGUCAAGAGUUUACUCGCCGUGUCGAACGAGGUCGAGCAAAGUAAGACGCUGGACGCUGCACCUGGGGCGCAUCGUCGAUUCUUCGCAGCAUCUCGCGCCGCAUUGGUGCGCGCGAUCAGUCUCACCGAGCCCGACAACGAGGACAUCAAAUUCGAGCUGGACAAGAUUCGUAAGCGUCAUCACUCGAAGAGAUGGACGGAGAAGCAUGCCAAGGUGGAGAAACGCGUCGUGCGUCCGUCUGCCGCGUCCUUCGCCUCGCGAGAGGCUCAGCCGGAUGACUUCAUCGAUGAAGAUGGUGUUUCCAUUCUCGAAGCUUUCGAACCGAGUACCGACGAAGAGACUGAUAGCGAGGACGAAGAAAAUGACGACGAAGCCUUCGUCGUUCGCGGCAUGACCGAUUGUGAGUGA